AUGAAGGAUAGCUUAAGUAAACGCGAUGGCGCCCACGAGGCGAUGCUGUCUCAAAGUCCGAAGCCAGUCGUCAAAAGUAAAGAAACAAAAAGUUCAGAGGAAUAUGAAGCUCUGCAGAGUUUUCUACGUAGCAUUAGCUCGACGGCUACUCUACCACCCUACGUGAAAGGAGAAACCUACUCCUCAGUACGAGGCGUUUUAAACCAGUGCCUUAUAACAUGUGCAGUUCUCAUAUUAGCCGCGGGUGCGGGACAUCCAAUCGGCUUUUCUGCUGUCGCCUUGCCUCAGUUACGAAAGGAAAACUCCACGUUACGAAUAGACGACGACAUGGGCUCUUGGAUAGCCAGUAUUCAUUCAGCAGCCACUCCUUUGGGGUCGAUGUUGUCAGGACCAAUCAUGGAAGCGAUAGGACGGAAACGUACUUUGCAAGUUUCCACUUUGCCACUAGUUAUAGGCUGGAUCCUCAUUGGUACAGCGUCUCAACAUGCCCUUUUACUACUGGGACGUGUUGUUUGUGGAUUCGCUGUUGGAAUUUUAGCUGCGCCUUCGCAGGUAUAUUUAGGGGAGAUUUCGGAACCGAGACUUCGGGGUCUUCUUAUAGGAACACCAUUUGUCGCAUACUCUUUAGGAGUACUUUAUGUAUACGCGCUGGGAGGUGCCCUAGCGUGGAGGUCGGUGGCGUAUCUGUCGAUAUUGCUGCCUACCCUCGCGUUUGUAGCUUUAUGUUUCUCACCGGAGAGUCCGACUUGGCUGGCACGACGAGGACGCUUUCAUGAUGCGAUGGCGGCCAUGUCAAGGCUGCGGGGAGAUCCCGACACGGCGCAAAGAGAACUCCACGAACUAAUAUCAGCCAGGGAAAAGGAAAAAGCUUGUGGUGAAGAGACGAUACGAUUUUUCGCUACAGUGCUUCGCCCGCCCGUACUAAAGCCGCUUCUGCUCAUCAAUGCUUUUAACAUGCUGCAAAUUCUGUCCGGAAGUUAUGUGGUGAUAUUCUACGCGGUGGACAUCGUCAAAGACUCUGGAGGGUCCUUAAGUCCUCAUCUGGCUGCAAACGCAAGUGCUCUUGUCCGUCUGAUAGUAACGAUUUUGGCGUGUGUGAUGCUUCUCAAAAUAACAAGACGCGCCCUUGUCCUCGUAUCUGGUAUCGGAACUGCUGUUUGUACGCUGGGCUUGGCCUUCCUACUCUCCCAAGGACCAGGAAGCGGAAUAACCCCACCGGCUCUGAUCCUUGGCUACGUAGCUUUUAACACCCUGGGCUUCUUCCUUCUACCAGGGCUGAUGAUAGGGGAACUUUUACCCACUAAAGUGCGCGGCCUCUGCGGGGGCUACAUAUUCUGCCUCUUCAAUGCCGUCCUCUUUGGUUUCACUAAACUUUACCCAGUUAUGAAGAACAGCAUCGGUAUGACCGGUGUCUUCGGUUUAUUCGGAGCGUCGGCUACUUUAGCCACAAUUGUUCUUUUCCUUCUCCUACCAGAAACUAAAGGCAAGUCAUUGAUUCAAAUAGAACAGUAUUAUCAGAAACCAAACAUUUUAUGGGUCACGAGAAAUAAGAUGGAUAAUGGACAAAGUGUGUAA